AAAGAAAAUAAAGAUAAUUUGAAAAGUUUGUGGUCGCCGGGUAUUAUUGUUUUCCAUUGUACAUUUGUCUGCUGAAAGAAGACACAAGAGCGUGGUGAACUCUUAUCAAGUACGUAAUACAGUUCGAUAGAUGAAUAGUGAACGAGCUUUACGAAUUGGAUAAAACGAAGAGAAUGAAGAUGAAGUGGUCAUUGAUGCUUACGUGCUUUCUACUCCCGCAUUCAUGUAUUUUUGGUGCAUCAGGUUCACGCUCAGGUUGUGAAUUUCCAGCGCAAUGGAGAGGAAGUUGGUUUCAAUCGGGCGAAAAAACUCUAAUUACUAUCAAUGGAACACGAAUAUCUAACAAGGGUCAAUGCAUAGAAGGAGACGGCGAUAAGUUCCUCAUUUACGAUGGAAACGAAAGAUGCUCUCGAUGUCUUGUUAUGCACGAAAAACAUCCAAAUGUUAUACAAUAUAAAGAAACCUACUGCACGACCGGUGAAUCUUGGCGGACCGGGCCACUUGAAUUUACCUACACUCGCGGCGGUGACCCCAAGACCUGCAUGUUCCCCAUGUCACAAGCGGACGCCUGCACGCAGGAUUCCAAGUUACUGUUGCGGUUCAUGGCUUGUGCCGACGUUCGAGGCACCGAGAGCUAUAAUGUGGAGAUGGAAUGUCUAGCCACUUGGAAGGAGGGAAGCACGCAAUAUCUCGUUGCUCGCUUAAAUGGUAUCGGCAUGGUAAACGACGAGGGCAGGUAUCGCUGCUUCGUCUAUGCGAAAUCCGGAAACAGCACGUGGAAUCUGGCGCAAAGUGGCGAUGCAAGCUGCAACGGUCUCACGAGUGCCAUCGAUGGUGCCAAAACGCUCAAGAUGAUACAAAAGUCGGAAUCAUCGCGUUGUUUGUUCCCAACGUGGUUAGUUAAACCAUACUCUUGGGUGGCUUUGGACCUCACCGCCUCGACUCGUUUACUAGCCUCGGUAAACAAUGUCACUAUUUUGGAUCAGCACGAAACGCAGUUUACAUGUCACCGUCUCCUGAGAUCCAAGCACGCAGAAUUCAAGGCUCAGUUUGAUCCAAACGAUAGAUUCCAAAUCAUCGCUCGAGCCACUAGAAGCUGCACAAAUGGUUUCGUCUGUAUGGUAUUUCACAAAAGGGACGACCACGUUAUUGAAAUGCAGCAGUCGCUAAAUUGGACUCAUCAAGAGGAUGAUGCAUGCAUGUCUAGUAUUUUUAAUUCUAAGACAGCGCCGUAUACAACAUUUAUUACGAUGGAGCCUAUAACACGCCAGUGCCCGUACCUUGGCCGCUACGAUGUUGUCUUCGUUACGAAACCUCCAGGCAGCGAUUACGGUGACUCCUGGUCGCCGAGAGUUGGUAACGAACGCGGUCGCAUGAAUUACGGGGAGAACGUGGCGGAGGUCAGAGCGGCAAAGCUGGUGACAACCCCACUUCCGGUCCGCUGUCAUCAAGCCAGUAUCGACGGUCUCAACAUCGGCUGCACAGAACCCGAUCUUAUGGAAUUUUCUACGGACUGCACUGACAAGGCCCUCUUUAAGUACUCCUGCCAUGGCACUUGGGUGGAAAAUGACACGGCCUACCUGGUGGCCAGCACCGAGGCUGGACGCUACUGCCUCGUGUACAGCGCCUCGGCAGCGACGACUUCGGGAAGCUCCUCGAGUAGGGAACUUACCGUCAGCGGGCACUUGGCUUCCUGUCCGAGGGCCUCUUCGCACUUGCACAAACACGAGUGGCAAGUGAACCUCACGGCCUACGGUCAGUCCCACUGGGAAUUAUAA